UCACCACGCACCGACGUCAACCGCCUCCAGCCCGCGUUCACCCUCCGUCGGCCUUACUCGCGCCCUUCAAGAAGCCUACGGUCUUGCCUAGCGCGACUCGCCGCCCUCCGAUUCACCUCGCCCGGCCACGUCGCCUGGGCCACGAGACCCCGGGAACCCGACCCCGGGUCGCAAGCUCCUCUGCUCCCGAUGCCGCCUCGGCUGGCAGGAGGCGAGCUGGUUCGCUCUCCCGUGCAUCUCUACCGCUACCUUAUGCGCUGCUGCAGGCAGCUACCGGCAGGAGGCGCCCGGGAGCAUUACCAACACGCCGUGCGGCAGGGCUUCAGGAGCCAUGCGGAUGAGGUGGACCCAGAGCGGGUGCAGCAGAUCAUCGCUCGUGCUCUGCAGGACGCACACUGGCUGCUCGACAAGUACAAAGUGAAACACGAAUGAAGAGACGCACGAAGGCGGGAAGCAGAGGAUGCGGUUGCGAUGGUGGCGACAUGGCCUCCCAUAUGAAGUCCUCGGGGAAGAACGUGUACCACGAUUUCGGAUGAAUGCUGGAGACGCUUCCUAUUUUAUUCUUUUAGAAUUUACAGAUGUGGGUAAUUAUUACUAUUAUAGUGGCGAAGUGGGCUUUUCAUUCUGGCAUAGUAUGUCAGCCAUCAAGGACUGUGCUGUAAUUCACUUAAACAAUUUGUCCACCUUUCCUGAUGAGGGAGAAAUUUUCAUAAACUACCACGGUGUCAGACGUACUGGGACAGAACUGAUUUUUUUUCAUCCACACUGGGAUGUGGAUGGUUCACAUGUGUGUCAGACCAUUGACUUUUUCCAAAAAUCAACCAUAUGUUCUGACGCAAUAGAUAAUUACCUUCAAUGACUGCCCACGUGAAUUAUUUGGAUUUUUAAAUGGUGACCGUGAGGUUUCCUGAUUCGUGGAACUGCCCAUAAACACACACAUCGUGAUACGUCAUUAUUAUAACAAAUGCGCAUGGCUUUAAAUUCUCCUACGUAUACUCAACAAUGCUGUAAUUCCUCUUCACAAAUGCUUCGUGCAAAAAAUGCAAAACAAGAGUUUGUGUAAAUGUAUUUUCUGCACAUGAGGUUUUGUGUAUAAAUACAAUAUGUACAUUUAAAACCACGUACUGGUGUUUUAUUAUAAUUUCUAUCAUGUUUAUGCUGGGAAUGCUUUGCAUUAAGGUUUAUCAAUGGAAUUGUGACUUCGCCAAAUUAUGGCACCAGCCAGAACUCUACGCUGGGAAGCCGAGCGAAAAGCCAAAAUCUACGAUUGUAUAGGAUUCAAGAGCUGUGCACGUGUAGCAAGCGAAUCUGUAUUGUCACCUGAUGCAGUUCGUGAGAACCAGGAUCAGCACUAUGUAUGAAAGAGGCUACACCUCAGUUCUUACAGGUGGCCCUCAAAACGUUUAUCAACCCAGGAAAAAUCUCCACUGACAUCGCCUUAAAUUGUUGUAAGCCUACAGUGCGAUGAUGAUGAAGAAGAUAAGUCUUCAGAACAAGCAAUGUGGUCUUGCAGUGACUCCAGUAUGUAGACUAGAGACAAAGAUUACCCCGUACAGACUGUUGUUGCAAGUGCUAUUAACGAGAACCUAUUAAAGGCCAGCACGACACACGAGGGGGUGGUUGACCAGCACCAUGCCCGGCCGCCUUUGAAUCCCCAGUGGCAAUGUUAAUAUAUCGCACAAGGUACUCAUUUGAGGCAAUGUCGACCUAGGG